CUUUUCAUUGAGUGCAAAGCAAUGCAAGAGAUAAAGGCCACAUUGCCGUCUGGUUUUCAUGCGCUCACUUGGAGAGAGAAAGAGAAGAGAUAGAGAGAAGGAGCUGGAAGAUUUGCGCCGGAAAAAGCGAUGCAAGUCGGCCGGUGAGCGUGGAGUUUUGGGUUCUGGAAAAUUUUGGAUGAUCUUGGUUUCGAAUUAAACUUUGACUGCAAUCUUGAAAUUAGCAACUAUUUAUCUGCAUAUUUUCCGAAAAUGAGUUGGAAUCCACCGGUGGAAGUUCAAUACCAAAACAAUUCUUUGCCCUAUAAUUCAAUCGGAAGCUUUGUAGAUUUUCUUGAAGUGUUCACUUAUGAUCAUGUAAAUUACAUAUUUGCCGACACAAAUUACACCCAGGAGAAUGCCUAUAGUUCUUAUCCAGCAACAAAUGCUAGUUCAUACAAGUUCGCGGUGUCUGAACCUGGAAGCUUAUCAUACUAUGAAUAUGGGAAUGGCUAUGUGGUUGAUAAUCAGAUACCAAGUAGUGAUGAUUACAGCCGACAGAUGGAACCCCCCUUUGUGGUGGCUGAUGAUCGGGCUACAGCUUCGACAGUAUUUCAGGAAGGAAAUUCCCGAUCCACUUCACAUGCUCGACCUAUUGAGUGUCCUCGAAAUCAUCAGGAUGUUCGCGAUAAUGAGGUUGUCUGGCAAGAUGGCAUUGAUCCAGAUAACAUGACAUAUGAGGAGUUGCUGGAGCUGGGGGAGGCAGUGGGAACACAAAACAGGGGUCUCUCUCAAGCUCAAAUUGCCAUGCUUCCAAUAUCAAAGUUUAAGUAUGGUUUAUUCUCAAGAAAAAAGUUCAGAGGUGAACGGUGUGUAAUUUGCCAAAUGGAAUAUAGAAGAGGUGAUAAGAGAAUCACUCUUCCAUGCAAACACAUCUACCAUACUGAUUGUGGCGGCAGAUGGCUUAGUAUCAAUAAGGCUUGUCCAAUUUGCUACAAGGAAGUGAUCAUAGAUGCACCCAAGCACUAAAAAGGGGGAUGGACUUCAUAGAAUGGGCUUCAUUUUACCAAUUUUCUUUUUUGUUUUUUUCAAGGUUUGUAGCCUUUUAGUUAAAGCUUUCUGGAUGGUUUCUCCUUUUUAUAUGUUCCGUUUUCCAUUUCAUAAAUGCUGUUAUAAGAUAAAAUAUAGAUUGAUUAAUGUUAUUACUGUUUACAACCU